CCCCAGGUUUCCGCAGCUGUGGUGGAGCCCUACACCUCCAUCCUCACCACCCACACCACCCUGGAGCACUCUGAUUGUGCCUUCAUGGUAGACAACAAGGCCAUCUAUGACAUCUGUCGUAGAAACCUCGAUAUCGAGCGCCCCACCUACACUAACCUGAACCGCCUUAUUAGCCAGAUCGUGUCCUCCAUCACGGCCUCCCUGCGGUUUGACAGAGCCCCGAAUGUUGAUCUGACAGAAUUCCAGACCAACCUGGUGCCCUACCCCCGCAUCCACUUCCCUCUGGCCACAUACGCCCCCAUCAUCUCUGCUGAGAAAGCCUCCCACGAGCAGCUUUCUGUAGCAGAGAUCACCAAUGCCUGCUUUGAGCUGGCCAACCAGAUGGUGAACUGUGACCCUCGCCACGGUAAAUACAUGGCUUGCUGCCUGCUGUACCAUGGCAAUGUGGUUCCCAAAGAUGUCAAUGCUGCCAUCGCCACCAUCAAGCCCAAGCGCAGCAUUCAGUUUGUGGAUUGGUGCCCCACUGGCUUCAAGGUUGGCAUUAACUACCAGCCUCCCACGGUGGUGCCUGGUGGAGACCUGGCCAAGGUGCAGCGAGCUGUGUGCAUGCUGAGCAACACCACAGCCGUGGCCAAGGCCUGGGCUCGCCUGGACCACAAGUUUGACCUGAUGUAUGCCAAGCAUGCACUUGUUCCCUGGCACGUGGGGGAGGGCAUGGAGGAGGGAGAGUUUUCUGAAGCUCGUGAGGACAUGGCUGUCCUGGAGAAGGAUGACAAGGAGGUUGGUGUGGAUUCUGUUGAGGGUGAGGGUGAGGAGGAAGGAGAGGAAUACUACUUUUCCAUUCCUUUGAGCCCCGCAGCAUGUCACACUCGCUGAACUUCAGCUUCAACAGUAGCUGACAGCCAUUAGACUUUCCCGGCUGCAUUGUCUUCAUUCAACUGUGAUCAUGUCCGUCUUUUCCAUGUGUACCUGUGAGAUAUUUCCAUCAUGUCUGAAAGUAAAGGCUUUAAGAAAAAAAGAA